CAUCCCAUAUCUAUCCAUUAUCACCGCAACUCUCGAAAGGUUUGGAAACAGAAGCUAUUUCACAAGAUUAUGCCGACUGAUGGACCUGUUGUCAAUGUCCACGUGCUGUUUUUUGCCAAGUCCCGCGAGUUAGCCCGAACCCCCCGCUCGGAAGUGGAUGUGCCCGCCCAGAUCGUCGCAUCGGAACUGCUGGAGCAACUAGUGGCCAGAUUUGACCUGACCUCCAUCCGGGACAACUUGAUUUUGGCCCACAACGAAACAUACAUUGAGAACCUAAGCGAUAAGAUUCACUUCAAGGAGGGGGACGAGCUGGCCAUCAUCCCGCCUUUAAGUGGAGGCUAA